AUGGGCGGAUCCUCAGGAAAGCAGCAGAUGACAGUAUUGUCGCCGCAGUGCAAGAGUUAUUUGGAACGGUGCCUCGAGCGAUGCAAGGAUGUUUUCCUUUUGAAAAAGCGUCCAUAUAAAAGCAUCUUGGCCCGAGUACAGACCACCGCACUUGUGCCAUUUAGUCUUGAGACGUCAAUCGCUUGCAAGCACCCAGAUCACCACAAUGAAGACAACGGUGCUCAUACUAGCCGUCCUUCUUCUCUCAGCAGUGGUAUUGACGGAAGCUCAGCGUGGUUCGGGCGGCCGACGGGGAGGUGGUCGCCAGCAAUCAAAUUCAAAGAAGUGUGGUUCUUACGUCUGCACGGCAAGGCAGCGUUGCGAGAGACAACUAGUACCGGAACCUACAUGUGCCGACUUAUGAGUUUACCGGAAGGAAAAACACCCUGGAUGAAUGUCAAGCAAACCAACAACCUCGUCAGCUCAAUAAAGUUGUUUUUAAUAACAGAGAACCAGGUCCGACACCUUCUAUUUCUUCUUUCAAAAGGCACCUUGGUGCCUGCUGCUUCUCGAGGCUUUCUAUUUAUUUAGGCUGCACAUUUUUUU